UGAAUUGUGAUCACAGGGAAUAUCUCUAUGAUCUUCGAUUUGUAGCAAAGCAUGUUGUUGGAGUAGACUACACCAUUCAGCGAUCAAACCGUUUUCCACUGCCUCUGUGACUUUGUUGUAGUAGCUCCUGAGCAAGUAGGUGAAAGUGGUACCAGAGUCUUCAUAAACAUAGUCGUUGAAACAGUCACAGCAUUACGUCCAAACUCCAAAGUUUAUCUUACUUAGGACCAACAAUACCCUAACCGGAUGUGAUAAACCCUGAGCUGUUUUAGGAAAAUCCAAUAGUGGUUCCAGGCAUCUGGCCUGAAGUGGAUUUGGGAAGUCCAUGGUCAGUAGACCCACCAACAAGUGGGAUCCUCUCAACCAUUUUAUAGAAUUUGGGAGGAAAUUUAAAAUAUGCCCUCUAUCAUUUUUUUUAAAGGCCCUCUAACAUACAAACAUGCAAUUUAUAAUCAAACUAUUAAUUAUUAAACAAUAAUGUCUAGAACAAGCAAAAACAAAAUAAACAUCUUGUAAGUUCCCUUUUAUAAAGGGAAAAUAGUCAUUUAAAUCAAGAAUUUUUAAAUUUGGUUGAGAAAAUCAUGAGCUUUUUCGUUGACCAUUUAAAGUUUCAAUUUAUUUUGAGAUCUCGAUUAAUUUUGACUGAACCAAUUUUAAUAUGUCGUUAGUUCGAUUAGAUGGGAUUAAUCUCCGUUAUAAUCUAUGUUAAACACCAAACGACAUUAUUUCGAAAACAUAAGAAAACCCUUCAAAUCCCUAUAUCCCCAAAUUGAAAUCCCUAAUUCUCUGAAAAUCAGAAUCAAAUCAAUAUCAGACACUUUCUUUUCAAAUCGGUGCAAGAAUGAUAAUAAACAAAGGGAUCAUUUAGAACCACACUUACACUUGGCUGGGAACCCACGUUUUUUUCCUCCAUUUUGUAUCUUUGAAGAUUAACUUAUCAUGUAAUCAAGACAAAGUUGUGAAGAGAAAAUAUGUUUUUAAUUUUCUGAGAAAUAAGAAUUUCGAUUUCGGGCUAUAGGGAUUUGGAGGUUUUCUUAUGUUUUCGAAACGCGUCGUUUGGUGUUUAACAGAGAUUAUAACAGAGAUUAACUAUGUCUAAUCGAUAUGUUAAUCAAACUAAUAGUGUAUUAAAAUUGGCUUAGUCAAAAUUAGUUAAGACUUUAAGUGGUUGAAGUUUUAAAUAGUCCCCGAGAAUUUUCAUGAUUUUUUUUUAAUGACCAUUUUCCCGAAUUAUAAAUGUAAACAUCAAGAUUAUACAUUUAAAGAUAUCUUAUCCUUUAAAGAUUAAUUAUGUUAAUAAACGUCUGUAGGGUCGUUUAAAAUCUAUCCUAUACUAAAAGUUGGAUAUAAUGAACAGAGAAGGGGUCCACGUAAGCAAAAAAUUCGUAGCCAAUAAUAGUGCCAUGUCAGCAACAAUGCCACGUUAAAAAUCAUUGUUCGAACCAGGCUUUUCGUGGCCUUUGAAAUUCAUUGCUAACCUGUCUUUCCUCUAAGCCUAACAUUGGCCCAUACUCUCUCUAAAACCUAAUACCUGUAAAACGACAAUCCUCCAUGGUCGUCCUCUCAUCCUAUCACCACUUCCAUCUGUACAGCUUCCCCUUCACCUCUUCAACGUAUUCAUUCAACAUAUUAAGCCUCAUAAAGCUCAAUAAUUAACUACAGAUAUCCUAGCGCCAUGAAUCGAUUUCUAUCCCACCACCUCAAAACUAUAUAUAUCCCUCAUCUAUUCUUCCCAUCCCUCUUCACCAGUCACGGAAAUCAAUCGAUCAGAGCUACUAAUGGCAACCAGAGGACGAAAUCAACCUGUGAUUCAACCAUGACCUUUUCUUCAGUGACGUUGUUGCUGGCUUGGCUGGAGCUUCUUCUUAUUAAUAAAGAACUUUUAGUUUCUCCACCAGGGUUCUUGGAACACAACAGGUUGAUGCACAUAUUUACCGGUGGAGAUGGGACACUAAGAUUGUGAUUUCAGAUGUUGAUGGAACUAUUACAAAAUCUGAUGUGUUAGGUCAGUUCAUGCCUUUGGUUGGAAGGGACUGGACACAGUCUGGUGUGGCCAAGAUUUUUUCAGCUAUAAAGGAGAAUGGAUAUCAGCUGCUGUUUCUGAGCGCUUCUGCCAUUGUCCAGGCAUAUCUAACAAGAAGUUUCUUAAAUAAUCUAAAGCAGGACCGAAAAGCUCUACCAAACGGUCCUGUAGUCAUUUCACCAGACGGGUUGUUUCUCUUUUUUUUUUUUUUAACUCAUGUACUUUAUAACUACCUUGCAGUGAUAGGAAGAGCACCUCACAAAUUCAAGAUCGCAUGUUUGGAGGAUAUCAAGAAGCUUUUCCCAGAGCACUAUAACCCGUUCUUCGCUGGAUUUGGAAACAGAGACACUGAUGAGCUGAGUUACAGCAAACUCGGAAUCCCCAAGGGAAAUAUAUUCAUAAUCAACCCAAAGGGAGAGGAAGCAACAGGAGAUCGAGUAGAUGUCAAGUAGUCUUACACAUCACUUCAUUACUCAUUUUAAUUGAUAGUUGUGAACUCCAUCUGACUCAAAAAAAUUGUUUAGGUUGGCUCAAAACCAAGAUGUUUCUGCUAUGGUCAAUGCAUCUGAGCUGACAGGUCAAGAUGCUAACCAUUCGUGAGAUCUUGCCUUAUUGAGAAGGAAAUGAAAUUAAAAAAAAACUAAUAAGUACGUGUUUACUUUUUAUUAAUAUAUAUGCAAAUCACAACACAUCAAUCUCUCAAAACUAGAGGAAAUAUAUAAUUAAUAAAAUAAAAUAAUUUGUUUAUAUAGUAUAGAAAUAAUCAGAGUGAAGAUAAUCAGAAUGAAAAAAAAAACAUAAAUCAAAACUAAAUUGUUGCUACGAAGACCAAUUCCACCCCACUUAUUUAUAUCCAACAAAAAUAACAUAUUAC